CAUUCAUUCAUCUUUCUUCUACAAUUAUUAUUUCUUCAUUAUAAAUUCCUACUCAUUACCCUAAGUGGAUCACCGCGCCUACACCCUAAUUAAGAUCAAGUCAUGCAUCUACUUCUGCCAACGCCUUGGAAGAACAAAGACAACCCCAGAAUGGUGCUGGUAGGUUCUGGAAUACGAAAUAGACCCAAGUCUCGAUUGCUUGUGGAUGCUGAGGACACAAGAUCAGAUGUGACGACCAAUAACUGGCAUAUUCCCAAUGCGCCAGUUCCAACCGGGAGUGCGGCUUCGGCAGCGUGAUAUUCUGGUGCUGCCGUUGCGGGCUGCGUCAAAAAAAGGACAGCGAUCAUGGACUAUCAUCGAGAGUUUCCCGUUUUCUGGGGUUUGGCGCUGAGGGAAGCGGGUCUUGGGAACUCAACGUUGACUCCAUGGAACCCCUUGAUAAAGAAGUGUCUUGUUUGCAGAAAUUGCUGAGUCACUUCUACUGCAAAGCAAUUAUUCCUCCUUCUGAUUGCCCUUAACGUAGAACGCGCGUUGGGGACGUAGGUCUCGCUCCCCAACAUUAUUAGUGAGGGCCAUCGAACCCCAAGACCAGCUAGAGGGGUUGAUAUGACGAGGAUAUGACGAUGGCGUAGUGCCAGAUAGGGGAAGAAUGUCUAGCAUGUGAUUUCCGAAUUUGGGUUGCAUGAUUUAUACAAGCCAAUCACACACCUGGACCGUUUCUCAGACGUUUUGCACUGACGAACGCAACCGUGAACAGUGACAUGGUCUGUCG